AUGGCAGGCGAGCCGUCCCCUGAUCCACCGGCACCUUUGGCCCCGGCCCAAAAACCAUGGAUCGUGAGAUUCCUGCGCAGGGCCCGGGGUCAGAUUGACCGUCCCCCGCGGGUGAAUAUUACUCCUAUCUCGCGGAAGUACAGUGAUCCGGACUACUCUGUAUCAAAGGGAGCGGAGGUGGGAGUUGCUGUAUCCGAAUCUGGCAGCGACUAUAGCAGUACCGCCGUGGGCCUACAAAAGCAGCAUCGGGGAGAAGCGUUCGCAGAAGGUGGCUCAACGAAAUUUUACGAGCCGAUACCAGAAUAUGAAGGUCGGCAUAGAUGGGACCCUACGGCGGAGUGGACCCCGGCGGAGGAGAAGAAGCUUGUGCGGACUCUUGACAUUAGGAUCUGUUCGUGGGUAUGCCUAAUGUUCUUCUCGCUCCAGCUUGACAGAGGAAACAUCACCCAAGCGCUGAGCGACAACAUGUUGAAUGACCUUGGACUCACCACCAACCAAUACAACUACGGCCAGACAAUAUUUUAUCUUUGCUUCCUCUGCGCUGAGUUGCCGUCGCAGUUGAUUAGCAAGAAGCUUGGCCCAGAUAACUGGAUCCCGAUUCAGAUGAUCUGCUGGAGUAUCGUGGCAAUUUGCCAGUGCAGGAUUACUGGACAGUCAACUUUCUACGCUACUCGCGCCCUGCUGGGGUUGAUCGAAGGUGGUUUUAUUCCAGACAGUAUCCUCUAUCUGAGUUACUUCUACACGAGCAAGGAGCUGCCCAUUCGUUUGAGUUUCUUCUGGGGCUCGUACACACUUACGGGUAUAAUCUCGUCCUUCCUCGCCUUUGGAAUUCUGCACCUUCGCGGUGUGUUGGGCUUGGAGGGCUGGCGAUGGCUCUUUGCCCUCGAGGGUAUUGUGACGGCAAUUAUUGGCGUAUCGUCCUUCUUUUAUCUGCCGCCUUCGCCAACAGAAACCGCGAGUUAUUUCCGAGGACAAAACGGGUGGUUUUCUGAGCGAGAGGAGAUUAUUAUGGUUAACCGAGUUCUCCGUGAUGACCCUGGAAAGGGUGACAUGCACAACCGACAGGGCAUUUCAUUAGGUCUCUUCUGGAAGGCACUCUGUGAUUAUGACCUGUGGCCUGUGUACCUCAUCGGGUUUACGUGGGGCACUCCAUUUCAACCAGUCGCAGCCUAUUUGACAUUGACACUGAGGAGUCUCGGCUUCGGCACCUUCGAGACCAAUCUCCUGGUUAUCCCUGGCUCCGUGCUCACGCUCUUACAGCUCCUCUUCUGGACCUGGUAUUCGGAAAAGAUCAAUAGCAGAUUUUUCGUCAUACUUAUCUCGCAGAUUUGGGCGCUCCCGCUCCUCAUCGCACUAGAAGUUAUCCCAGGAAAUUCGAGUCCCUGGGUUAAAUACACCCUCAGCAUGCUCAUGGUUGGAUUUCCGUACACAUAUGCGAUCAUUGUCGCCUCCGUCAGCCGCAAUGCAGGCUCGGUACGAACGAGAACAGUUGGCACGGCUCUGUAUAACAUGUUUGUUCAAGCUAGCAGCAUCGUUGGUUCAAAUAUAUACCGAGAUGACGAUAAGCCGAACUACCGCCGUGGUAACAAGAUCCUGCUCGGUUUCGUUGCGUGGAAUUUCGCACUCAUCAUCGGGACGAAGUACUACUAUGUGUGGAGGAACUACACGCGCGAGAAGAAAUGGAGUGUGAUGACACAAGAGGAGAAGGAUAUCUAUCUUGAGACAACAAAGGAUGAAGGAAACAAGAGACUUGAUUUCCGCUUUGCGCAUUAG